AGUGGGUGUGGUCACGCUGCCCAGCAGUGGGCGGUGAUUGGCCCUGGGCGGUGCAAUCGCAGCUUGUGCGUCACGACGCCGCCAGCUGAUCGGGGACUGGAGCCGGUGUGUGCUGGGCGCAGGGAAGACACAGCGCCGCCGGCCGUGGGGAACGGACGCACUGAUUUGCUCCCUUACCCUCAGCAAUCCCCCCACCCAGCACCAGGUGGGUGUGAGCUGGGGUCCCGGCCGCACUGGAGGGAAUCAUGCUAAUGGGGAGCCUGUCCCUCCCACAUCCUCACCUGGCUGAGCCGCAGUAGUUCUUCAGUGGCAAGCUUUAUGUCCUGACCCAGCUAAAGCUGCCAGUUGAAGAACUGUUGCCCUCUGCCCCUGGCUUCAAGGAGGAGGAGGAAGAGGAGAAGGAGCUGCUUUCCCCUUCAUCUGGAAGGCUGUCGCUGUACCCUCAGAUGGCUGCCGACCCGAUUCACGGCCACCCGCCCUGGGCCCUGGUGCUGGUGGCUGUGUCCGUGGGUUAUUUCUUGGCGGAUGGAGUUGACAUGCUGUGGAACCAGACCUUGCGCCAGGCCUGGGAACUUCUGUGUCAUCAUUUGGUGGAAUGUUGCAUAUGGAGCUUUUCUGAGAAAGGGGAGGCCCAGUAUAGGGAGUGGGCAUGGGGCAUGAAAGCCCAGGAAUGGAAGUGUGCAGAUGCUGCUGCUGCCCCAGAGGAGACAGCCUCUGGGCCAAGGCUGCUUCUAUCCUGUGGAAGGGUUAUUUUAAGGCCAUUCAGGCCCCAACAUAAGGUGAGCUGCUUCAGCACUGCCAUUCUGUCCAGCCACUGUGUGGGCUUCUCUAUGGUGUCUCUGCUCCUGGAGCUGAACUCUGCCUGCCUGCACCUACGACAGUUGCUGCUGCUUUCUCACCAGGCCCCAUCCCUGGCCUUCCGCAUGGCCAGCUGGGCCACCCUGGCCACCCUGGCCCUCUUCCGCCUGGUGCCUCUGGGGUGGAUGAGUCUGUGGCUGAUCCGACAGCAACACCAGGUGCCUCCGCCUCUGGUCAUCCUUGGUGCAACUGGGCUGGUCACUGUGGGUGCCCUAAGCAUCACACUGGGUGUCCGUAUUUUGGUCAGCGAUGUCCUGCGGUCUCAGCCUCAUCCACCCAUCCCUGGGCAUAAGGAAACCAGGGGCACAAGGAGAUGUCGUAAUGGUGAGCUUGUCACCAGGGAUGAUUCCACUCUCAGCCUGAAAGACUAGAGAGAGGCCUCAGGCUCCUUUUCUGCCAGUCCUGGGGGAGGUAGGGCCAGGACAAGGAGAUGGUGGUCUACAGUGUACAGUCCUUCAUUGGGGUAAGGACUGGACUGAAUUUUCAGUAUCUCAGUCCCUCUUCCAAGUCAUUCACACCCCUCCCCCAUUCCUAGGAUCUGAGAAGAAAUGCUGAUGUUCAUGGAUGGGUGGGAAACUGGGCUAUUGUUCAGUGAAUUCCAUCAUCAGAUGACUGCUUCUUUCAGCAAACUAACUCGAGGUACGGCCAGUGCUACCAGUAAGGUGUGGCAGGAGGCAUGAAGCUAAGUGAAACUGCUAACGACAUCCUCUACUUUUAACACAGGAACAGGUGAAGAAAGGUGAGGUCCUAUUAGGACCAGAGAGAUCUGAUGUGAAGGGGGUGGGUUCAGAGGGAAGAGAGGCCUCACCUGCAACCAAAUUCUAGCAGGGGGAGGGGGCCACAACAGGUGCUAUCUGUAGCAGUGGCCAAGAAACAGAAGAACUGGACCACUACAGUUGCUGCUAUUUCUGGUCCUCAAAGCCACACUACUGUGUUUGUACUUACAGCUAGUCCUACUGCCUUUUAAAUUUUUAAAAAGCCCAGCAUCUGCCUUUUAAAUUGUCUUACUAUCUCCUGACCUUUUCUAAGAAAAUGCAGAUUCUUUUUUUUAAAUGAUUUUGGUUUUUUAUUAUUUAUUUGAGGGAGCGAGAGUGAGAGAGCAUGAGAGGGGAGAGGGUCAGAGGGUGAUGCAGACUCCCCGCUGAGCAGGGACCCCGAUGUGGGGCUCGAUCCCGGGAUGCCAGGAUCAUGACCUGAGUGAGCCAAAGGCAGUCACUUAACGACUGAGCCACCCAGGCGUCCGAAAGUGCAGAUUCUUAAAGAAAUGAGCAUGGGACUAGGUCUGUCUUCCUAGGACAGUACUGAAGUCCAGAGCCAUAGCAGGGACUUUAACACCCAUUCUGGGUGCCAAGUGUAACGUUUUCCAAGGUCCAGGCUUUCAUGGAAGGAUGAAGGUAGAAGUAGAUGAGGGAAGGCUUUCACUUGCCUGCAGAGGGAUUAAGGAAUACCUGACCCUCUACUAGGAUUCAUUUGCAAGCUCGUCCUCUCCUUUCUCGCCUGCCACUUUUUUUUUUAGAGGUGGGGGCAAUGGGGGAGAGAAAGAGAAUCUUAAGCAGGCUCCAUCUCACAAACCUGAGAUCAUGACCUGAGCUGAAACCAAGAGUCAGGUGCUUAACCGACUGAGCCACCCAUUUGCCCCUAGGGUAAUUUCUUAACCACCCAAUUUUCAUUCUCUCAUCUCACUUAAGAGACAGAAAAAUUCUUUUUUCUUUUUUAACUUUAUAUUUAAGUAAGCUCUACACCCAACGCCAGGCUCGAUCUCACAACGCUGAGAUCAUGACCUGAGCUGAAAUCAAGAGUUCAACGCUUAACUGACUGAGCCACCCAGGCGCCCCUCUCCCCUACCACUUCUGCUGCCUUCCCCCCCCCCCCACCAUGGCACAAAAUCUCUCCUUUCUUCAGGCAGAACAGCCAGGUUAUGGGAAGUGUAAAGCAGAUUAAGAUUGCUAUUCUACUAAACAAUGGACAGAAAGAGAUAACCCUUAAUUAUCCACAGAAAAGAUACAUGAGCAAAAGCAAGAGACAGGAAGAUUAAAACAAAAAAAUUCUGCCCAAAAGUUGAGCUAGAGAAAGACAAAAGGGAUGAUAGAAAUAGACACACAUAGAUUGAGGGACAGAAAGAGAAGAUCAAUUGUAUCGAAGAGACAGAGGUUAAGAGAGAUGGAGGGCAAGACAGGGAAUCCUUGGUGGAAAUGUUAAGAAAGAUUGUCAUGGAUGCUGACAGGAACCGAAGUCAGAGAACUGGUAAAAUGGUCAUAAACAAAGAGGACAAGAAAAAUAGAAAUAAAAGCUGACAGGAAGGGACCCCAAGGAUGAAAGGCACAGAUGGUCUAGACAGAGAAAUAGAGUGAGUGACAAGGAGGAACCACCAGACUCAGGAGAGGUGGAGGGAAGAGAGGCAUUUUGAGAGACUGGCAGAGCGAGAGAAGAGAGGGGGGGAAAUCGAGAGGAGGGGAAUCAGUCAGGGGAGCUGAGAAGCAGAAGAACAGAAGGUGGAGGACGCAACUCAAUGGAAAGAUUCAGUGGCAGAAAAAGAAAGUAGGAAAUAUGUGGAGUUGGAGACAGGCAGAAAGACAAAGGACAAACAGCUACAGUGCAAAACACAAAGAGCCUGACAGGAACUGAUAGGCAGAGACUGGUAGGAAGAUGAGAAGUCAGAAUCAGGGUAUGUAAACCGAGCCGGGAGAACAGGCAAAGGGGCUGAGGAGAACCACAGAGAGGGAAAGAAGGGGGCGGGGGCGGGGACGGACUGAUUAAAUAAACAUCCAAAGGAAGGGAGCACCUGGCUGGCUCAGGUGGUAGAGCAUGUGUGACCUCAGGGUUGUGAGUCUGCGCCCCAGUUGGGUGUAGGGAUUACCUAAAAUAAAUAAAUAAAUAAAUAAAAUCUAAAAAAAAACCCA